AUGCAUCUACAACAGGAUAAAAAAAGUAAUAAGGCAAAUUCUGACAAUUAUCAAAAGGCUCGGUUUGGACAUGAAAUUAAAGGUACAGCGAAAGCCAAAGAAUCAAAAUCAGAAAGGCAUUCCCGAUCACUUGAACAAGUUUCGACAAGUCGGGGAGAAAUUGAUAGUUACAAAACACACGCAUUUUUUACAAAUAUCAAUGAAAAACAAGUGCAAGAAAAAUCAAAAGAAGUUGAACAAAAGAAUGAAUAUAUCCCAAAGAAAACAGAAGAACUGUUUGAUCAGUCAUUAAGAUAUCGAAGAGCAACAGCUGAAAAUGUUGCGUUUUCUUAUUAUCUUGACCACGAACUUACAGACAUUUCACAUGGAACUACGAUCAUCUGCAACCAAAUCCUUAUAAAUGAGGGCGAUGGAUAUAACGCUAAAACGGGAAUUUUCACGGCACACAUUCCAGGGGUCUAUUUCCUUGCGUACAGUAUUGAUUCCAAAGUGACUGACACAAAUGUUAGGUUAUUGCUAGACGGAACAAAUUUGGUCGAUGCUGUUGCACAAGUUGACACAAUGGGAAGUAAUAUGGCUAUAGUAAGGCUGGAGAGAGGUCAAUCGGUAUGGCUUGAAACGCAUCAUCUUGAUCACAGAGAGUUUAUUUCAACUUCUACAUUCCACAUGGUUUCAUUUUCUGGAUUCCUCAUAUAUCAGUAUUAACAUACAUACACCUUUAUAUUUUUGGGUCGGAUUAUCUCAAAUUCAAAAUCGAUUGUAUUAUUGUCUGAAUGAAUUCAAUGUCCAUUAACUAAACGUUUUGUUUUGUUCUUUUUUUCUACUAUUGUGUCUGAUCAUAUACGGUAUAAACAAAUAUUAAGAUAAAGUACCCUAUAUCAAGCAUUUGUACGUUUUUAUUUCAUAGAAUUCAGUUGCCCGAUGGACUAUGGAUUGUAAAGCUUAUAAUAGAUGUAAAAAAAUGUAUAAGUAAUGUGUAUAAGUAUGUAUUCAUAAAAAGAUCGGUAAUCGUUUUUUUCCCUUGGGAAGGGGUUAACGUCAUGCCAACACAAUUAUAGGCUAUAUGGCGAGUUUCCAGCUAGGUAGGCAUUAUUUCACCUCAUCCGGCCACCGACCUUCCAUAAGCUGGAUGCCGCUUUCUUACGCGACGAAUUCUACGCCCCAAGCGAGGCUCGAACCCACAUUAAGAGGGACAAGUGAUUAGAAGCUAGCGACCUAAACCAUUUGGCCAUGGCGGCACGUAAGAACUACUUGUGGUUCAAAAAUGAUGAUUAUUAUCAUCAUUACAUAACAACAAUGAUAAUAUGAUUAAAAUACAGAAUGUAAGCCUUGUUCAUAAUUCAACAUUGCUGCAAUUUUUAUCAAAGAUGUUCGUAAAGAAUGUAUGUAAAUAGUUCGUACCAAUGACCACAUAAAGAAAGCAAACUUUACUAUGUAUGUAUACGAUUGAGCCGUUUCUUAAAUUCUUGAUUAUAACAUAUCUAGCUUGGAAAGUCUUGAACACCACUUAAUAUCAGAAGACAGUUCUCUUGGUAAAAUGGAUAUUUUAUUGUAAAACGUUUUGAACUAUUUGCCGAGACACAUUGAAAUGAAUUUUCAAUAACUGCUAAUUAAAGAAUUCACCUCGAGAUUUUUAAGAUUCUGUCAUUCUCUUAAAGGCCAAACGUAGAGUUUUAUCAGUUGAAUCAAACGAAUUUAUUUUUUGUUUUGUUUUUCAUCUGCAUGAUGUUUUAGUAGUUCCAAAUUGAAUUCUUAACAGGAUUUGCUCAGAGCUCACUGACUGCAUAGCCUGAUUACAAUAUCAAUUUGUCAUUAUAGUUAUAACUUGCAAUAUUAAGAUUUGAAUAAAAGGAGAACCAUUCUU